AAUGUUUUGUCGUAUAUUUUUCCCAAUCUCUAAAUAUUUCAGUGAUCUUUACUAUUAUUGUGAUUGUGAUAAUUAAAAAGCUUUUCUAAUGUGUCUCAUAGAUUACUGCAUUCCGUAUUUCAGGUCGUCAGAGUAUAGAAAAUCAUGGCUGAUGUCGAUGUUGAGGUUCCCGCUAACCCCGUCCUGAGCGGUGGUGCUAUGGAUGUUAACACAGCCCUACAGGAAGUCCUGAAGACAGCACUCAUCCACGGUGGGCUAGUCCAUGGUCUCCAUGAGGCUGCUAAGGCACUCGAUAAGAGGCAAGCAGUGCUAUGUGUACUUGCUGAGAACUGUGAUGAAGCUUCAUACAAGAAACUAGUACAGGCUCUCUGCAAUGAGCAUCAGAUCCCACUUGUUAAGGUGGAUAACAACAAGAAGCUCGGUGAAUGGGCUGGUUUAUGCAAAAUUGACAAGGACGGCAAGGCCAGAAAAAUUGUGGGCUGCUCCUGUGUAGUUAUCAAAGAUUUCGGUGAGGAGACACCAGCGCUGGACGUGCUCAAGGACUAUCUUAAGUCCUCAAGCUAAUCUAGAUGUCUAAGUUAAAAUAAAAAACCAAAAAAAAUGAA